AUGGAAAGUCCAAGUGCCCCCGAAGCUGCAGAUGCCGAGAUGGAAUGUGCAGAGUCAGACAACCCCAGGGCUGAAGAGGCCACAGAAUGUGAAGAGGCCCCUGGAGCUGCAGCUGCACCCGAAUCGGCCGGUGAACAGGAGCCCGAAUCUGAAGAAGCCAUGGAAUGCGAAGGUGCCGAGGCCCCCAAAGAUGAAGAUGCCGAUAUGGAAUGUGCAGAGGCCCCCAGCACUGAAGAGGCCGCAGAAUGUGCAGAGGCCCCCAGCACUGAAGAGGCCACAGAAUGUGCAGAGGCCCCCAUCGCUGAAGAGGCCACAGAAUGUGCAGAGGGGCCCAUCGCUGAAGAGGCCACAGAAUGUGCAGAGGCGCUUGAGGUUGAAAAGGCCACGCCAAAGCUUGGGAAUAGCCAGAAGUAUCCACCUGUCCCGGUCUUCGAGGCCAUUGCAUCUGCUGGGUACAAGGGCAGGAAGCAAGUGGACACAACAAAGAUCGAGGAGACUACUACUGUUCGUUCCAGUGAGCAGGACCACGAGCCGUUGAUCAAGGAUCCGCCACAGUGGGAGUCGGGGCAGGUGGAUGCCCUGCUUGCACAAGCAGACGGUGAGCAGCUGCCGCUUUUGCAGUCCCAGCUGAGAUCGGCUCGGAAGGCCGAGGUGAAAGCAAAAGCUAAGGCAAAAGCCAAGGCAAAAGGCAAGGCAAAAGGCAAGCCAAAAGCGAAGGGAAAAGCGAAGGGAAAAGCCAAGGCAAAAGCAUGCGAGAACGAAGGAGAGGAGCCGGCCGACGAUGAUGAACCCGAAACGAAGGACGACGAAAUGCAGGAGCCGACCGAAGAAGCUGGAGCCGAAAGCAAGGAGCAAGAAGCGGAUGAAGCCGAAGCUCAGCCGAAGACCACUACGGGACGUGGCCGUGGACGGGGACGUGGCCGUGGGAGGGGCAGGGGAGUCUCCGCAUCGGCUGGAGGAGCAGAUCUCAAGGCCAAGGAGCCGGCUGGAAGGACUGGCAAACCAUCCAAGGCCGGAGUGAGCGCCGAAGAGGAGCCGGAAGCUACAGGAGUGGCAGAGCCAGCUGCAAAGAAGCAAAGAACGAGGAAGUCCAAUGAGCAGAUCGAGCUCAGCAGGAACCUCCCGGCCCUCAAGGACUACUUUGUGAUGCCAUACUGGUCUCGCCGUGAUGUUGGCAUUGUGAAGCGCGGGAAUGUGCUGGACCCCAAAUCCCAGGUGCUGUCCCUGAAUGGUCGGUCGUUGAAGCUCGACGAGGGUGUGAUCAGCUGGAGGGAAAUUCUGGAGCCCUGCUCUGAGGCUGCCGUGGCCCUGCAAAAGGGAGAUGCAUUCGAAACUGUGCAGCAGAAUUUUGAGCAAGCCAAGAUGGCCCUUCAAUCAUUGGCUGAAUUUCGCCGUAGGCAUGCCGAGUGA